GCCAAGCCGUGCCGUAUGGGAGGAGCCAGCGGGCUCCACCGCCCCUGCGCGCCCCCCCCCCCCCGCCACCGCCGCGGCAUUUCGCGGCCGGCCGCCGCGGAGCAGGGCGCAGGGGGGAUGAUGGAUCUGCGGCUGCUGAAGCCCCGCGCCCGCCAGCCCGCCGUCAAUGGAGGAGGACGUUGAGACCCGCAAGAUCAGCAGCAGUUUCCUGCGAGACCACAGCUAUGCCACGGAAGCUGACAUCAUCUCCACAGUUGAAUUUAACCACACUGGAGAACUACUAGCAACAGGGGACAAGGGGGGCCGUGUUGUAAUAUUUCAACGUGAGCAGGAGAGCAAAAACCAGCCCCAUCGCAGGGGAGAGUACAAUGUCUACAGCACCUUCCAGAGCCACGAGCCGGAGUUCGAUUACUUGAAGAGUCUGGAGAUAGAGGAGAAGAUCAACAAGAUCCGAUGGCUCCCACAGCAGAACGCAGCCUAUUUCCUGCUCUCCACCAAUGAUAAGACUGUGAAGCUAUGGAAAGUCAGCGAGCGGGACAAGAGACCAGAGGGAUACAACCUCAAGGAUGAGGACGGCCGUCUCCGAGACCCCUCCAUGAUCACCAUGCUACGGGUACCAGUGCUCCGGCCCAUGGACCUGAUGGUGGAGGCCACCCCCCGGCGGGUGUUUGCCAACGCACACACCUACCACAUCAACUCCAUCUCCGUCAACAGCGACUACGAGACCUACAUGUCAGCGGAUGACCUGAGGAUAAACCUGUGGAACUUUGAAAUCACAAAUCAAAGUUUUAACAUCGUGGACAUCAAACCAGCCAACAUGGAGGAGCUGACGGAGGUGAUCACGGCUGCCGAGUUCCACCCGCACCACUGCAACACCUUUGUCUACAGCAGCAGCAAAGGCACCAUCCGGCUGUGUGACAUGCGCACCUCCGCGCUCUGCGACCGCCACGCCAAGUUUUUUGAAGAGCCCGAGGACCCAAGUAACCGGUCGUUCUUUUCCGAGAUCAUCUCCUCCAUCUCCGACGUCAAGUUCAGCCACAGCGGGAGGUACAUCAUGACCCGGGACUAUCUCACCGUCAAGGUGUGGGACCUCAACAUGGAGAACCGGCCCAUCGAGACCUACCAGGUUCAUGACUACCUGCGGAGCAAGCUGUGCUCGCUCUACGAGAACGACUGCAUCUUCGACAAGUUCGAGUGCGUCUGGAACGGCUCUGACAGCGUCAUCAUGACCGGCUCCUACAACAACUUCUUCCGCAUGUUCGACCGCAACACCAAGCGGGACGUGACGCUGGAGGCCUCGCGGGAGAACAGCAAACCCCGCGCCAUCCUCAAGCCCCGCAAGGUCUGCAUUGGAGGCAAGCGGAGGAAGGACGAGAUCAGCGUGGACAGCCUGGACUUCAGCAAAAAGAUCCUGCACACAGCCUGGCACCCCACCGAGAACAUCAUCGCCGUGGCAGCCACCAAUAACCUGUACAUAUUCCAGGACAAGGUUAACUAGGAGGACAGUUGCUCUCUAGGAGUCUCAUGUAUGAACACGAGUAAAUGCAAGAUUUCAAACAGUUCUUUUCUUUCUUUCUUUCCUGUUUUUUCCCCUUUUCCUUCCUGUUCUUUGUUCAGUUGCUGCUCUGCAGCUCCCGGUCAUGCAGAGGCGAGUGCUCCUGCACCCCGGGGGCUCCCCAGCACACACCAGGCUUCUCCAUUCACACACUGAAGCCAAGAUGUAGUGUGGGGUGGCUGGGGGGUGCAGGGCUCGUGUCCCAUAGGGGUGGCCGCAGCCCUCUGCGAUGGACCAGCGCGGUGGCCUGGGACGAGGAGGGGAGGGGGACACGCGGUGUCCCCGUGGGCAGUUACAGCCCUCCCGCUCCGAUUGCGUUAACCCGCUCCCGGAGCCCCCCGGGGCCGCGCUGCAGCCCGGCCCGGAGCCCCUCUGCCCCUUCUCGCCUUUCCUUUCUGUGGGUGUUUUGUGUUUGUCCCAGCAGAGACAGCAACACCAAACCUACAGCGGGAAGUCCCGGUUAGCAAGGGACAGGCGCGGGGGGGAUGUGCUGCAGCCUCCCCCUGGCAGCGCUCCCGAGGAUUUGGCUCUGUAGAUACUGUGGUGCCUUUUUUGGUAUAUGAAUACCUUUAUAAAUGAUGCUUCCAAACUGCAUUGACUGCAAACCAAACCGAACCUGGGCUUUUCGUCUGCAUUUCUUGUCUCUUGCUUUGGUCACUCCCACCUGUUCUGUUGUAAGCUCCUGCAUGUUCUGAUGCUUUCUCUCUUUUUCCCUUUCUUUUUCAAUUUAUUUAUUUAUUCUUUUUUUUUUUAA